AUGGUGAUAGCAAAGAGCAAGAAAGUUAAACCAAAAAUGAAUAACACUAUAAAGAACGCGGACUACAACUGGACUGCUGGACCAGACCCACCUAGUAACCAAGAGGCAGGUGUUCCUAGGGCAGUGUUUAUACCACAUUCGAAGUCGUUGCCAUUUGAAGAGCGUCGUGUUACAUUAGAACAGCCUGUCAAAAUUGGGCGAAAUGUGUACCGCAUGUUAGCCAGCCCCACCAACACAAUAUUCGACUGUCGCGUAUUGUCACGGCAUCAUGCUACGCUCUAUUAUGAAAAGGGACAUUUCUACCUCGUGGACAAUCAGAGCAGUAACGGCACGUUUGUCAACAAGUGCUCGUUGUAUGAAGACCAAAAGCCACAUGAGGUGUUCUCCGGCGAUGUUGUACAGUUUGGCAUUCCUGUCGUCGAGGAUUCCGCCAAUUCUGGAAAGAAUACGUUUCCACCGGUGGUCGCCCUCUUGAAAUUAUACCAUCCAGAUGGCAAGGAGGCUACAUCCACGUUCAAUCCGACUAUGUCUACACCACUGCCCCUCGAACAGUUAUAUCAGCUCAAUAACUAUGUACAGGAAGCGAUACAACGCGAAGCGUCGUUGGAGAACCGUCUGCGCACGUUACGAGAGUGCGUGGAGACGACGCGCGCGGAGGCGCAAGACUCUUGGCAAUUGUUUGUAGGUGAACAGAGGCUGUUGAUGCGCGUGCACAAGCUCGAGAGCAUGCUCGCGUUGGGCAAGCAACCCGACGCUCAACACGCCGCCCAACUCAUCAACGACAAGAAGAACUAUCAGGAAGUGGCGCAAGAGCGUUUGCGAGUAGCGCACGAGCAGCGUCUAGCGCUGGAGGAGAUGCUGGAGCGUCGCGGCAGGGAGACUAUCGCCCUUUAUCAACACAACUGCGCUCUUCGGCUCGCGGCCAAUAACGCCCUCGCUGAAUUGCAGAAGCUAGCUGCUCAGUGCGAGCGGAAGAUGUGUGCGGCGCGACUCGCUAUCACAGCGGCGGAGGAACGAGAGCAGGCCGUCAAGAAUCGUCUGCCACUAGCGUAUUCAGUACAAAACGGAGAGGCCAAGAUGUUGGUGCUGAGUACGGAUAGCAAUAAAUUGCAAGAGGCGAAACGUGGCGGAUCCCUGGAAGAUGCCGUGCGAGCACUUCCCGAUUACAUCAAGCUGCUUCUGCCCCAACAUUUGCUCAACAAGGUCGGCAUAAAAUUGAUAACUGCCGAGGGCAAGUCGGCGAAAGAAUUCGAGACGAUACUAAAAAAGAACAAUAUUUAUAUUUAUUUAUACUUAAUAGAGAAGCAAGAUGAGGAGGAGGCCGAAGUGUCCGUCGGCGGCAGCGGCGAAGAGAAGUCUGGUGAGCCUGACUCUUGUACGGAUGAUGAGAAACAGUCGCGUUUGAAUCAUGAUGGGCAUUCUGAGAAUCCAAGUCCGUUGGACGGUGAACUGCGGCCCGACAACAAUGCCAACUCCACAUACAAUGAAAACCCUGCUGAAGAUUCGCCGAGCAAGGCGGGUGUGGAGUACGCGAAUGUUUUGCGCGUGAUGGCCGGUCUUAAUGAAGAGAUCCGGGCAUUGCGCGAGCGUUUAGCGGCGCGCGGGGCCGAGUGUGAGCAGCUGAGAGCGGCUAGAGAUGAAUUGAUCGCUGCCCAGGAGCCGCCCCCCGCACCACUUGCGCUGCCCCCCGCUGCGCCUCCCGCUGAUGCCGAAGAUUCGCCACACCGAGCUCAACUAGCCGACUUACAGGCCCAACUGAGCCGUGCUACUGCUGUGGAGGAGGGUCACCUGACUGAGAUCCAACGUCUAUCAGCUGAAGUGGCCGACAUGCAGGCAGAACUCACCUUCCGACCUACGAAAGCCGAACAUGACCAGCUCGUCGCACUCGCUGAUGAUCUACGAAAACUUCUCGCUGACAAGGAGGUGGAACUGGAACGGGUGCAGAGCAACAAGUCCUCAGUGGACGUCAGCAUAAAUGUGUCCCCGGAGGAACUGUGCGAGGACACGAUUGAUCCCAAGAAGAUUUCCGCCGAGAUCGACGAGAUGUUCCACCUGGACUACGACGACGAUGUCGACGAGGAGACCGACUCGGCCGCCACCGAGAGUACCGAAGUUAUGAAGGACGAACGCGCGCCCGUCGAGUACGUGAAACUGGGCGAGGAGGAGAGACUGCGGGUUACUAUGCAGAACGGCUCGCUGCACGCUCUCGAAGAGGAACUCGUACGAGCCAAAGAACGCUGGGCGGAGGUAUCUGAAGAUCGAGCUCGUCUCGCAGCGGAAUUGGCAUUACUCCAGAACAAAGGAUCGAUGCGUUUGAAUGUGUCUCACGCGCUUGCGUUGCUAGUACCGCUUCUAGCGGCUUGUGUGUAUUAUGCGAUGUUGCCAUAUAUAUCUUGA